AUGCAAGCGGUACGUCGGAAAAUAGUCGCAGUUAUGGUUGAAGGUGGUGAUUUAUUAGAUGAAUGGAUUAACGUUCUACAAGAUGCCUUUGAUAAAUUAACAGAUUCGCCAACAAAAACUUAUGAGCGGGAAAUGCGUACAGUGUCAACCAAAAUGAAUCUUAACAUAAAAGAUGAGACUGUAGGAUUAAAGAAAGAUUUGCUUUUUCUUGAGCGUGUUAAAGCAGAACAAAGUGAAUCUCCUGAUUCACCGUGGGCGGUGAUAUUGUCGAAGAUUGACUUUUUAUCCUUAUUAGCACCUUAUCAUCCAAUUAAUGAAGAAACUUUUAGGAAAGAAUGCGAAUGCACUCUCAGGCUUUUACGGCUUUUCGUUAAACCCAACGGAAAUAAUAGAAAACCGAUUUUUAUAACAGAUUGGGAUGGUACUAUGAAAGAUUAUUGUUCUCAAUAUGCCACAAACUUGCAACCUGUAUACAGCGCUGUGGGCAUAACAAGGUUUGCUGCUCGUUUCACUCGUUUAUCAGCUGUUUUGACUGCUGGGCCUCUUAGAGGUCCAGGUAUUUUGGAUUUGACUGCUAUGCCUAUAGAUGGACCUGUUUUAUUUAGCGGAUCUUGGGGUCGUGAAUGGUGGCUUGGUGGUAAGCGGAUUGUACAUGACGAUGGAAUCUCAAAUGAGGGCUUUGACGCGUUACAGAAAUUAGAUGAUGAGAUGAAAGAUUUACUGCACAUGAAUGAUUUUUCAUUAUUCGCUCUAGUGGGCAGUGGCGUGCAACGGAAAGUUGAUCGAUUGACUUUAGGUGUACAAACGGUAUUUGGAUGCGUGAGACCUGAACUUUCAAAUAGAUAUCAAGACGCCGUAAAGGAACGCAUUAAUCGAGUUGACCCUGACAAUCAUAUUCUUAUUUUCGACCCUUCUACUACAUUGGAAGUUGAAAUUGUGGCACAUAGUUCAGGAGUUAUUUGGAAUAAGGCUGAUGGUAUGGACCGCGUUGUUGCUACAAGAUGUCAGUCAUUGAAAGAUCCUGGGAAUAUUUUAAUAUGUGGUGAUACCUUAUCGGAUCUUCCUAUGGUGCGGCGUGCUGCGGCUUUAAAUCCGGAGGGUGUGAUGGUAAUAUUCGUUGGUUUAGACGAAAAACUUCGACAGUCUGUACGUGACAUCGUUGAAAAUGAAAAUCGCUGUUGUUUCGUGUCUUGUCCAGACGUUGUACAUGCUGCCAUGGCUCAGUUGCUCAAUGAAUUUUCAUAA